GUCAGCUGCUGUAGCACGAACAAUCUUCAGUCAAGAUGCAGUCCUCCAUCUACACCAUCAUCUUCUUCUGUCUUAUCUACACCUGCCAAUGUCAGGACGAGGCCGACUGGACGAAAAGAUAUGAGGAUCGCCAACGUCCAAAAGGUUACCGGAAUCAACGAUACGAGGAACAUCCGACCGUUUCUCCUCCCAGCAGUGAUAAAUCCAACCCUGACUUUCGGAAUGGAAGACCCACGACAGUCCCUAUUCCGAAAAGGGAAGAAUCCAACCAAUAUUUCGUGAAGAGAUUUUUGGGCCGAGAACGAUCUGCGAAUUCCGAAAAUGGUGAAUUCGAAGAGUUGGGGGAAAAAAAUCACCAUUCUCUGAAAAAGAGCGGAUUCCGAUCUAACAGGAACGAGGAUGAAGAACUAUCUACGAUUCCUUCUCCCACGAGUGGCCAAUCCAAAGCUUGGAGGAAAGGAUUUAAAUAUAGAAAAUUUGAUGACGAGGAUGAAGUGAGUAACAACGGCCCAAACGCUAAUAAUGAUGUUGCGAUGAGUAAAUUUAUAAAAAUGAUGUUAUACAAUGUGCAUAAAUGCACGCCCGAGAACUUGAUCGAGUACGAACGUGUCAUAAAGGCAUUGAAGGAUGGCAAAGCUAGCGAGGACCCACUGCUGUCAAUGUUUAAUAAGAAAGAUUCCAGGAGGAGAAGCGGAAGAAAGCAUGCAAUGGCGAUGUUGAAGCUCCAACGGACUGGAUUGGACCCUUUUAGUAAAAUGUUGAUAAAUGGACCAGAAAAAACAAUGUUAGACGAAAUCGGUUUUCCAUUCUGCCUUUUAGACAUCCCAUCGACCAGAGAUGUCAUUAAGGCAUUUGAAGCGCAUGUGGACGAUUAUGAUAACCAAGAAGAUUUAAUAAAUAUAUAAAUACAUAAUUUAAAAUAAAUAUUCUACUAUCU